UCUUGAAGUGUUCGUAUCGUAAUCAAAAAUUUUUGAUGUCUGCUACGAUGGAAAAUAUGAGUAGUUUCGGCUGAAUAUUUUUUAGUGUGACUCACAAACGAAUGGCGAACGCAUGAUGUGUUAAGCACAUCAUUUUCGAGAAGCAUUAUAUUAUAUUAAUAAAUAUAAUAUACAACUUUUCUAAAGACUAGUAGUUUAUGUUCAAAGUAGUUUUGAGGUGCAAAUGGCUCCCUCAACAACGAUAGAGACAGUCACAGUUGUAAGGCCUUUAAAAGUGAUAGCCUUCAUAUGUGGAUCAAUCGUCAUUCUCCUAAUGAUUCUAUGUCUUGCUUCAUCAAAUUGGUUGACAGCAGAGAAAUUUCGCCAAGGGUUGUGGGAACAGUGUGUUGACGAAGGAGCAAAGCAGCCCCUACCAUUUGAGCUUAAAGUCAAACCUGGAUGCUAUCCAGCUAGAAGAGUUGGUUACAUACAAGGAGCAGCAGCUCUAUGUGUUAUUACAUUGCUGAUGGAUAUUGGGGCCACUGUCAUGACAGGAAUGGGGUUAUGCAGCAAAGACCCAACACGAAAAUACACAUUGUACAGAUUUGCACUUUAUGUUAUGGUUGGAGCAUUGCUUUCUGUGCUAAUUGCAUUGGUGAUCUACCCUGCCUGCUUUGCAUCUGAAAUUGAACGAAGCAACAGAUCAGUGUGGGAGUUCGGAUGGGCAUACGGUGUUGCUUGGGGUGCUGCUAUAUUUUUAUUUGGUGCCAUACUUCUUUUGCUUUGUGACAAAGAGACGGAAGAAAUUUAUUACAAAGAACGGACCAUUACUCAUGAGAAUGGAGAUUCUAAAGCAUAGAAGUAUAAAAAACUGUGUACAUAAGUAAAUUCUUGGGGUUGCCAACUAAAAUGAAACUAGUUAUGCUAUUCCUCCCCUUUUGUAUAAUUGUUAAUUACU